AUGUUGUUUCUUGGGCUCUUGGCUAUCACCAAUACCCCUUCCCUCGCUCGUGAACUAGAAGGUGACGUGAUGGGGAAUAUUGGUUCACAAAUUAAACAUCACCACCACCAUCAUCCUCCCUCUCAUCACCACGAACAUAAGCACACUUGCCCACCUUCCCACCACGACCAUGCUCCACCUCCUAAUGACUAUUCUCCAAAACAGCAGGAUCAUGCUCCUGCCCCUGCUCCUCAACAUGCUCAGUCUCCAAAACAGCUGGAUCAUGCUCCUGCCCCUGCUCCUCAAUAUGCUCAUUCUCCUAAAGGUCAUGGUCAUGCUCCUACCCCUGCUCCUCAACAUGCUCGGUCUCCAAAACAGCAGGAUCAUGCUCCUGCCCCUGCUCCUCAAUAUGCUCAUUCCCCUAAAGGUCAUGGUCAUGCUCCUACCCCUGCUCAUUCUCCAAAAUACCAAGACCAUGCUCAUGCCCCUGCUCCUCAACAUGUUCAUUCUCCAAGAAACUGCAAUCAUACUAAUUCUCCAAAACACCAUGGUCAUGCUCCUACCCCUGCUCCUCCACAUGCUCAGCCUCCAAAACAAAAAGGCCAUGCUCCUGUCCCUGCUCCUCAACAUGCUCAUUCUCCAAAACAGCAGGAUCAUGCUCCUGCCCAUGCUCCUCAAUAUGCUCAUUCUCCUAAAGGUCAUGGCCAUGCUCCUACCCCUGCUCCUCAACAUGCUCGGUCUCCAAAACAGCAGGAUCAUGCUCCUGCCCCUGCUCCUCAAUAUGCUCAUUCUCCAAAAGAUCAUGGUCAUGCUCCUACCCCUGCUCAUUCUCCAAGAUACCAAGACCAUGCUCAUGCCCCUGCUCCUCAACAUGUUCAUUCUCCAAGACACUGCAAUCAUACUCAUUCUCCAAAACACCAUGGUCAUGCUCCUACCCCUGCUCCUCCACAUGCUCAGCCUCCAAAACAACAAGGUCAUGCUCCUGUCCCUGCUCCUCAACAUGCUCAUUCUCCAAAAGGUCAUGGUCAUGCUCCUACCCCUGCUCAUUCUCCAAGAUACCAAGACCAUGCUCCUGCCCCUGCUCCUCAGCAUGUUCAUUCUCCAAGACACUGCAAUCAUACUCAUUCUCCAAAGCAUCAUGAUCAUGCUCCUGCCCCUGCUCCUCAACAUGCUCUUUCUCCAAAACAACAUGGUCUUACUCCUGCCCCUGCUCCUCAACACGCUUAUUCACCAAAGCAACAUGAUCAUGAUCCUACCCUUGCUCCUCAAUAUGCUCAUUCUCCAACACAUUGUGGUCAUGAUCAUUCUCCAAAACUUCAUAAUCAUGUUCAUGUCCCUGCUCCUCAACACGCUUAUUCACCAAAGCAACAUGAUCAUGAUCCUACCCUUGCUCCUCAAUAUGCUCAUUCUCCAACACAUUGUGGUCAUGAUCAUUCUCCAAAACUUCAUAAUCAUGUUCAUGUCCCUGUUCCUCAACAUGCUCAUUCUCUAUGA